AUGAACUCCCCCAUCCCGUCUGAUUAUCCGUCUGAUAACGACUCGGAAGGCUGGGAAGGAGUCCGCUCUCUUUCGCCCUCCAUUGCAGCUGCGACGGUUCACGAUCUGACAACGUUCUCGCAUACUCGCACGCAACAGACGGACGACCUGGGUCUCGCAAAUACAAGUGCUUCCGAGCUUCUGCGCUCUCGUCAGCCCUGGUCGCCGUUCGAUGGCGAGAUGCAAGGAGCGUUUCGUACAGAACACGAGAGUCCACUCGGGAAAGCUCCCUCAUCACCGACGUCUAUCAUAGUAUCAGAGACUCCUCUGAGUCGGAGCGUACUUACGAGCUCGAUUGCCUCUGCAGGUCAUGUUUACCCGCGACACGGACUGGUACCCCCACAGGAGCGUCGUGUACAGAUGCAUACUGCACUUGCUACAAACCCGCUCUUGGCGGAACUACGCCAGAGCGCACCCUUCAUGGAUCGCGACGGGUCGCCUGUCUUCGUUGGUUCGGCCCUCAUAGAUGGUGCCGUGUACCCGUGCAAGGUCACGCUCUCAAGAUCGGGCGAAGAAGGGGUAACGCCAGUGCGAGUGCCGCUCUCCGGCAAAGAAGUUGUUCAUCACGGCGUCUAUGAGAUUCUGGUUAUUGACGAGGAGACGAUGGAAUGGGUUGGCGCUAGGAACGGGCGAUUGCCAUUUGGACGCGCGCCAGUUGAGGGUGGAUAUGACGACGACAUGAAGCGACUUUACUAUGCAGCGACAACCAUUCAUGGCUGCCGAGUACCGGGAAAGACAUGGGAAAAUGAAGGUGCCAACUUUCCUUGGAAUGGACAGGAACUCGUUAUGCGCGACGGAUAUGAUAUACUGUGCUGGCGAUCGCAAUUCUAUGUCCCUCGACGGAGUCGGGAUCCACAGGAGACUGGUUUGGCACCGUUUUCGUCAAGGGAUGGGAGACCUAGUUAUGUCAUCUCAGCCCCGUUGCGCGGAACCCGACAGCCAGCCAAAGCAACUUUGCACAACGACACCGCGCGGGUGCGCAUAUCCUAUAGCGGCAAGGAAAUCGACGUCGACUGGGCUUCCGCCGAACAACCAGUCGAGAUCGUUCAUGUCAAUCCCGAUACCAUGGAGUGGGUCCCCAGCAAUCAUGGGCGCCUUCCCAUCGGACUACAGCCCGUGGAGGGAGGAUAUGACAAGGGAGACCGACGACUUUAUCAUGCUACACACGACUUCGAUGGCCACACUGUCCCGGGCAAAACCGGUGAACAUCUGGGUGGGGCACUCUUCCCUUACGGUGGCAAGGAGAGGUCAAUUACCCACGGAUACAAGAUACUUUGCUGGACUCGCGAUGCAGGGAUCCGUGAAAGCACGCAUACAUGGCUUGUUCCACCUCCGCCGCGCUCGAUAUCGCUCAUUCAAGGGGUUUAUAUUGGCAUCGCACAUUGCAGCAAUGGAUCGCGUCAACCCGGCUCUGUUACUCGAGGAUCUCCCGGACGUAUGAUCUUUCCUCAUGAUGGCCGCGCAAUCCUGGAUUUCUAUGGGCCGUACGAUAUCCUCGAGUUCGAAGAAGACAAGAUGCAGUGGAUACUGCAGGUGAAGGAUGGUGCAAUUCCGGCGGACUGUAGACCAGUCGAGGCCGGGUAUGAAGCCGACGGCAAAAAGUUGUACUUCGCCAGACACUGCCCCUCCGAUCCAUACCGAUACGGGAAGACGGGGAGACAUCUGAAGGCAGGGCACUUUGUUCAGGAUGGUAAGGAGUUGAUCUUGCGCGGAGGAUACGAUAUACUUUGCUGGAAGGACGCGUGA